GUUACUGUGAAGGACGCUAGCUAGGUAGCAAGGUCAUGGCCGGAUGCCCCUCUCAUAUCCCUACUGUUUUCAUGUUUUGCUUCAUGAAUCAACACCAUAACAGGGAUGACUGGGCGUAUGUCACCAAUUACUUGAAUGUUAACCAUGUCUGGCAGGGGUGAGCUGGGAAUUUCCCCAGUUCUUCUUCAAGCCAUCGCUCAGACUCUAUCAUCUCACAGCAGCACUCGUGAACCACCUGCUCCUCCUAAUAAAGAUAACAAUCGUUUGCAGGCAGUGAAAUCAUCAAAAAAUUUAAAAAUUUCUAAACUGUCAAUGGAUAGUGUGAGCAGUUCAACAUCUAGUGGGCUAGUGUCACAUCUGCUUCAGAACCUGAAUGAGCCAAUAUCUUCUCUUAUUCCCCAGUCACAGCUUUCCAGAACAUUGUCUCCAAGCCUGUUACCAUCAAACACUAAGUCAGAUUUGUCUUUACUUGGCAUUUCAGAUGAUUUAAGAGGUUCUCUAAGCAGCCAUAUAAAAAAUCGCCAACGCUCUAUGGUUAUCAGCGGGGAUGAUUUAAAUAACCUGCUGUUAAAAGAAGAGCCUUCGGAUGACUCUGAUCAAUCUCCUUCUCAUUCUAACUCUCAAAACAUGAACUCUGUCAGCAGCAUGCUCAGUGCUCUGGCUUCUCAGCACAUGCAGGAAUCUCUAAGCAGAAAAAACAAGGUGGGCAUCAGGCCGGAACUUGAUUCCACAGUAGAUGUUUUGACUUCCAACAAUAGCGAUGUCCGGAGCCAACCCCAGAUUAUCAUCUACAGUUACAUCAACAAUGGCAAUCAAGACAUGCCGUCCCCCCAGGGGAGUGAUCUAGUUCUUAAUGAUGGAGAAGGUAUACCAGAUAACCAGACCACUUACAGAGUGCUUUUCCAGUCCCCGGAUGACUCUAGUGACAAUAAACAACUGUUCUCAUCUGAUAUGAAUUUUUCCUGUUCUUCCUCGCACGAUGUGGUUCCUGUGACAGAUGCUCAGAAUACUGUAGAUGGUAUGAACCAACCAUGCCCUGUGUGUGGGGAUAAAGUCUCAGGCUACCAUUAUGGGAUAUUCACUUGUGAAAGUUGUAAAGGCUUCUUCAAAAGAACAGUGCAAAAUAAAAAGAAUUUUGUUUGUCCUAAAGCAUCAGAUUGCACAGUGAAUUCAUUCAAUCGUAAAAAAUGUCCUGCAUGUAGGUUUAAAAGAUGUCUUCUCAUGGGGAUGAAAUUAGAAGCCAUAAGACAAGACCGUACCAGAGGUGGUCGCAGCUCUUAUGAUGGCUGUGCUACACAUCUAAAGAAUAGGGUCAACCCCCUAGAAAAAAGGCUGCAGAAAAAAUCAAUCAGGCUUCUUGAUGAAAUGUCCAGCCCAUCACAUGACUCGGACGAUGGGUCCAAGUCUCACAGAAAUCUGGUGGCCAUUCUAAAUCAUACCACCAAGCAGCCUGCUACAAACUCUGGCACCCCCCACAUCCCAGAGCUCCUACGAGACAUCAUGAAUCUGGAGCCACUGCUGAGUGAUGAUGACUUGCCUCCAGAGACUUUAAUGGAGAUUCCUUUCCCAGAGCAGGCACUUUACUCCUACAUGAUGCAGUUGGCUGAACUGAGACUGUAUAAGCUUGUACGCUGGGCUAGAAAUCUGCCUCAAUUUGGUGCCAUCUCGACAGAUGAUCAGAUCCUGCUUCUCCAGAACUGCUGGUCUGAGCUGAUAGCCCUGAGUUUGUGUUGGCGUUCUAUAGACACACCAAACCAGAUCAGUAUCUCAUCCACCCACCACAUCACAGCUGAGUGGGCCCAGCACCUGGGCUUUGAGGAUGUGGUCAUACGGCUUCUAAACAUCACUGACAAUUUCCGAAAACUAUUUAUGGAUCAGUUUGAAUAUGUGGCCUUGAAAGUUUUACUCCUGAUUACUCCAGAUGUGAAGGGACUUAAAGAGCCCAAGAAGAUAAGAGAGUUCCAAGACAAGUUGACAGAAGCCCUUCUGACCUACACAUCCACACAUUAUUCUCACUUGACAGACAAGUUUGGGGCCUUGCUCUUGAGGCUUCCAGAACUUUCUCGCAUCAGUUUCAUGAGCAAAGACAUCUUGAUCAAGAGCCUUCCCUCCAGCAUGGCCUCCUGUGGACUCUUAGUGGAGCUGUUGAAGGGAGACAAUAAGAGUGAGUCAGAUGGAUCUGGCUUGAAACUGUGAUGGUUACCUGCCCAUUAUCUCUGCCUUGUAAGGUGUACUAGUCUGAGAACCAUCAGCCUUUCUGGUAGCAUGACUUUCAGCAAUUUCUUUUUUUAUUUGGAUGACAUCUUAUUACAAAAGAAGGCUGAUGUGUUUGUGAUAUUGUACAGUUUGAAUGAACUGGCCAUCACAUGACUUGUGCAUGGGGAAGAAAGAAAAACCCUGCUUUUCAAAAAAGGCCUGGUGUGACUUUACCUGCACAUUUCUGAUGAUGGAUUGGUUGCACUGACGUUGAGAUGGAUGCAUUUCUUUUCAUCAAAGACCAAAUGGACUUCUUUGCAUUACUAAUGACUUGAUCAGCUGUUUGUCAAGGUUCUUGGACCGAGUAUUCUACUUGUGUUGUGACAUAACAUAAUUGCACCAAAAGAUUAUAUUUUCUCUAUCUGCCAUUUGUAUAUAUAUAAAUAUAUAUUUGUGUAUUUUCGUCCAAAUAAAUGAGGUGUUUGGUCUUGUUGCUUUGACACUAAGUCUUUCUAAAUACUUCAGCCAAGUGUUUCAGAUGUAGCUACAGUAUUUUCACUUGAUCAUGCUGUAAAGUCUAUAAAAUGCAUUUUUUAAAAUAAAUCUGAUCUAUCAUAACCUGUCAGCUAUAAAUUUUCUUUUUUUUUAUGGAUUAAAUAAAGUAAUAGGCCUAACCUAACUUGUGUUAGGUUAGACCUAUUAUUUUAUAAUAACAUAAAGUCUUAGAAUUAUUUGGCUUGAAAAUUUAUAGAUAUUUCUGUUACUUUGAAAAAAAACAUGUUACUUUUUUUCCCAGGGUUCUGUAUAUUUUUUUUUUAAUGUCAUUUUAAGUGGUGAAUGUUAUUCCAUAGUUCUUUUUCUAAAUUAUUUAUUUCUUAUUACCUACUUGUAAUAGUUUUGUUUGUGAAGUUUUAUCAAGUGAUAGAAUUUAUUCUUGAAUGAGUUAAUAUCUGUCAGUAGGCUUGUUUUGCCAUUUCACUUGUAUUUCCAAUUUUAGUUCAGGAUAAUUAUUAGUUACAAUAGUAAUAGAUAGUAUAAUAUAUAGGAGAAAUCAGGAAAUAUUUUUUUUUUUAGUUAUUUUUAACAAAUUUCAACAAACUUGUUUUAGAAAUUUAUUUACUAUCCAUAAAGAAUGAAUGUGAUUUGUAAAAAAAAGAUUGGACACUUUCCAUUUGAGCAAAAUUUGUCAAUUUUUUGUUUAAUUGUAAAUGAACUUUGUUGUUUGCCAUUGCCAUAAAUAUUUGAAUGAAUCGAAGUUAAAGUGUUAACAAAUCUGUGAUACAAAUCUUGUACACACUGUUUAAAUUGGAACAAAAUUCAAUUCAACAUUCAAAAAAAAAGAUGAAAAUACUGAAAGAUAAUUCCUCGCCACUUUCUGUUACACUUGAAAUUGUUUUAUUUGUAACAUCGCUCUUCUUAACAACUAAUUCCAAGUCUAUUUAUUAUCAUUUGCAAGUCUUUGUUACCAAACUAACAUUUGAUUCCUAAAGUUGGCUUUAUAUCUACUAGUUAUUAACCAACACAUUUUUGUCCCAUGAAUUACAUCUAAACAAUAUUUGAUAGGAGGUUAUUGGUUCCUCACAAUUUUUUAUUUUUUCAGGAAACUCAAAAAUGAUUUUAAAUUUGUUCCUCCUUUGAUCCUUUGACUAUACUAUCUUGUUAAGUCAGUGUUUCUCCUGUCUUUAGUAUACUGUUUAAGUCAGUGUUUCUCCUGUCUUUAGUAUACUGUUUAAGUCAGUGUUUCUCCUGUCUCUAGCAUACUGUUUAAGUCUGUGUUUUUCCUGUCUCUUGUAUACUGUUUAAGUCAGUAUUUCUCCUGUCUUUAGUAUACUGUUUAAGUCAGGGUUUCUCCUGUCUCUAGUAUACUGUUUAAGUCAGGAUUUCUCCUGUCCCUAGUAUACUGUUUAAGUCAGUGUUUCUCCUGUCUUUAGUAUACUGUUUAAGUCAGUGUUUCUCCUGUCUUUAGUAUACUGUUUAAGUCAGUAUUUCUCCUGUCUCUAGUAUACUGUUUAAGUCAGUAUUUCUCCUGUCUCAAGUAUUAAUUCAUUCCACACAUUAGUUUUUCUCAAAUGCAGUGAAGCAAAAAAAAUUGUGGCUGAAAAAAAACAUGAUAGUAUUGUGUGUUCUUAUUUUUUUAGUUUCUAGUAGCAUGUUAAUGUUUUUGUAAUUGAAUGAAGAAUUUUAUAAUGUAAACAUCAAUAAGAUAGUUUAAAAAAUAUAAAAGUUUUUAAACUUUUAAGUACAACACUGUGGGAAAACGUAUUUAAAAAAAACAUAACACUAAACUUACUGUAAUGUAAAUCUAUCAAUAUUAAUCAAAAGAAGCUGCUUUUUAUUUAUUAUAAACUAUGUUUGUUAUAAAUCAAGAAAGUAUAAUUGAAAUAGCAUAACAAAUAAAAAGUUAUGAAUUAUUUUUUUUUUACACACUUUCUUUUGAAAAACAAAAUUAGGCAGGCUCUGUCCCAUUUUCUACAUUCUACUAGAUGUUGACUGUGCUUGGACUUUUUCAGGCAACCUGUCUCUUAAUGCCUACCAGGAGCUCUGAUUUGUUCAAUUAAAAUGACAUGCUGUGGUAGCUGACAAAUUAGAACUUGUUUUCAAUCUUUCAGAGAGAGUCUUCUUGAACCAGCUUUCUGGCUGAGGCAAAACAAAGAAGAGUUGGCUUGUCAGAUUUCAAACAGCCAAUAAAAUAUUUUAUUCCACCACAUAAUGGUUUUUGUCUCAGACACUGUAGUAGGUCACUUUCUAGUCUAGCUUGUCACAUCCGUUCAUAUUUCUAUUCUAUUCUAUCAAAGGCUUGUCAACUUCAUUCACUUUUGGGGUGCCCACUUCAGCAUCUGUCGAAAACAUGACAACUUUUUUUUUUCUAUUGUCUUUGAAUGCAUCACAGAGUUGAGUUGGCAUUUUUUCCUUGUGAAUGUAUUUAUAGAAUUCAUUAAAUUAUCUUUUAUUUUGUCAUCAAAGAUGGCAUGAAAAAAAUCAAGUGGAAGAGAAUGAUCAUUUAAAAGAAGAUCAGGUCAAACUCCAGGUGUUUUCAGAGGAUGAAAUCUGAAAUUAUUUUUAGUAGUUUCAAAUAUAACAUGGUCCCAUUCAGGAGCUGCAGAGUCAGAAGGUAAAGAAUUAGAAGAACUAGUAGACAUGCUGGUGGUAGAUGUAGUCACUGUUGUGCUGGCAUCAACAGACUGAAGAGUAGUCUUAGUACUUGUAGUAGACAUUUCCCUUUAGUUUCUGAUCAUUAAGCAAUUUGUUCACAUGGGGAGGCUGAGGUCUGGUUGGUUGCUUAUACUCAUCACUGUCAUCAAAUGUAAGUCAUGGGUCCAUAUCAGUAUCUUCAUCAUAAGUAGGCCUAGGUCUACUAGAAUUACUUCUGCUUAGUUUCAUGUUUUUCCCUCUAUUCUGAUCGAAAUCUAAACCAGGUUCUUUCCUGAAGACAUCUGUAAAGUUCUAGAUCUUUAUAUGAAUCUGAAUUAAAUAGAAUCUUCUGACUGGCUUCUUCAGCUGUCAUACAUCUGUAUUUGUUAUCCCUACGACUAGAGUUAUCACUGGAAAAAGCCAUUGAAUCAGCUGUUUUUUUGUUCUCACUAAGUCGAACAGUAUGGUUAAAUGUCUAUAACAAAUGUAAAAGUUGCUUUAAAAAGUAGAAAUAAGUACAAAGUUUGGGUUAGGGUUAGGUCAUGUGUUCUAAUCAUUUAUUCUAACUUCACUUCUUGCCUACAUUUUUUUUUUAAUAACUUUUUGGACCAAUUGUUUUUUUUAACUCCUUCCAAACUGCUCCAUCAUUCAACUUGGAAACUGCUGUUAAUCAAGCCAACUAGUUUUUCAAAAACUUAUUUCAUUUGAUUAUGUAAAACCACCCUUUUUUUUAUUGGUUAUUGUUAGAAAAAUUCACAUCAUGUGUCCUUGUUUAAAUUGAUGAAUCAUUUGAAUUGUAAAAAUGAAAUCACCACUCAGGGUUAGAUGCAUUUUGUUUAACUAAUUUAAUAAGCCAAGAAAUGACCUUUUAUUUGUUAAUCUUUUGGUCCAAUCAACUACUAUCUUCUGUCAUUGCUUACAAGUUUCACUCAAGGAGCCAUACUUUUAGUAUUUAAUUAAAGUUUAGUCUGGUAGGACUAUGUCUGAGGAUUGUAAAGCCAGUACGUUUUACAAGCAAUUUAUUGCUUACAUUUUUAUUUAAUUAACUUAAAGUUCUUUUAUCUUUUUUUUAACAUCUGUAAAAUAUUACCAGUAAAAUUGCAAAUCAAGAUUAUGAAAUGAUACUCCCAUUUUGUGCAGUGGAGCUAGGGACAGAGACCAUGUAUUAUCUGUACUUGCCAAUCAUUUGUUGUUUGAGAUGGAGAGUUUCUUAGUUGCAUUCAGAAAUCUCAUUCAAACAGCACUAGUUCUAUUUUGUCUACUCAAUAAUGAAACCAUUGAGCUAUUACCCAAUUUAUUCUAGUACUAGUUGAUUUAGACAGACUUUGUUACUAAAGUCAAACCUGUAGAGUGUUGCCUGUAAUAUUGAUGUUCUAAGUUUGGAUACAAGUUCGGGUAAAGUUUGGCUUCAUUUUUUGAUUGACUUGAAGUGCUCAUUGCUUGGCUUAAUCCUUGGCUCAAAUAUUUGUAAUAUUACUUAUCAUAAUUCAUUUUACAUAAAUUCUAUUUAUUAGCAUAAACUGUACUGUACAAAUGAUGUUUGAAUUAGGUGUGUUGAUUGAAUAGUGCAUCCUCUUUCACUUACUUAGAUCUCAGAGAAUGGUCCACAUCAUGAUUUGGGGCCACUGUCAUGACAUUAGCUCAUGCCCAAACUUCAUAUUAUCUAGCCUGUAAACAAGGGGAGUUAUUUUGGCCCCUUUGGAACCUGCCCACAAUAUACAUUGAAUCCCCAGAGGUUCAGUUCUAUUGGACCCUACAAUGUUGUGGCUUGGGACACAUGACAUUUAUCUGGCCUCCAGUCUGGUAAAGGUUGGGCACCAUUGCUCUAUCCCAUAAUGUUUGUGUCUACUAUGUCUGACUUUCUCUUUGUGCUGAUGUGUUGUCCUACACUGUGUAUAGCUUUCUCUGUGCUGAUGUGUUUUCCUAUACUGUGUAUAGUUAGUUUUUUUUUAUAUAAAAUUGUUAUUGGAAUAACUUGAAUGGGUUAAUGUACAAAUGGACCUCUGUAUGGCUCAGAUCUCAUGUAGUCCUCUAUGACAGUUCUGAAAUGUAAUUCAAAGGACAGCCCCCUAUUUCUUCUAUUGAAGAACACUGUGUAAAUAGUGACAUUGUAUCAAAAACUGAUUUAAACAUAAUGCACUCACCUGAAGUUUGCAGCUCAAAAUUUGUUUCCUCCUCUAGUUUUUUUUAUCUUCAUUUUGUUGUUGGAGAUGUUCAUACAUGGCAGGAAAACUAUCUAGCAAGCAUUCUGGUGUAUCUAGCAAGCAUUCUGGUGUAUCUAGCAAGCAUUCUGGUGUAUCUAGCUAGCAUUCUGGUGUAUCUAGUGUACAAAUGAAAGGAACUGGUGAUAAACUAUGUUUUUAAAGGUAUAUGAUCAUUUUUUUGUCCACCUUUAAGUACUGCAAAAUCAAAUAUUCUCAGCUCUUUUGUUUGUAGCACAAAGUACAUUUCAUAGGGAGGAAACAUAAGACUUUCAGUCUAAGACAUCAAACUUAUUGAAAAAGACAAGGUUAAUGAACUUGUUGACUUGAUAAAAAGAUCUAACUCACUCGCAUUGAGCUAUUGUUACUUAAAGCUCAUUUCUUUUUUGUUUAAUUGGUAAACAGUAAAGUUCAAGUUGGCAUCCUUGACUUUGUUUAGUCUAUGGUGAAAAUCUCCACUACAGCUUGAUUCUAACUAAUUCUGAGCUAACUCUACACCAGUCUGUCCCCUAUCCCAACAGUUAGUACUUGACUGGACUCCAUAAGAAAUAUGCAGCUAGUCAAUGAAUCCAUUUAGAUUUCCUAGUAAUGUCCUUAGUGUGUCAGUGCUCUUGUCAUUGAUGCUCUUUUAGAGCCUGCUACUUUGAUAUGAAUAUAUUGCUCAAAUGAUGAACACUACAUUAAAAACCAGAUGAGUUGAUUCAUGGCAUCAUCUCUUUGGCUUUUUCCUUUCUUGUAGCAGGGCAAUAUUUUAGGCAGUAUUUUGACAUGUAUAUAUUACCUCCAAUUGUUUGAGGGCUAUGUGGCUAGGUCCUGUUAUUUCCAUCACUGUUGUUUGUGUAAUGGAUACUGAAUCUGACCUUUUUUACUUGACAUUAUGUUGAUUUGAUUAUUGGCUUUUUGUUUGUUUCCUUUGACAUCUAUAAAGCAACAAAAUGUUCUCUCCCUAAAUGAUGGUCAAUGUCAGAUGGGUAGUUUUUGGUUUUUACUAAAUGUGUAAACCUUUCACAUUCCAAAUGAUAUAAUCACUUCCCUUGAUUUGGUCCUGUAUGAAUAGACUAGAACUUGGUUGGUCUGACUUCCCUUGAUUUGGUUCUGUAUGAAUAGACUAGAACUUGGUCUGGGACAAUGUUAUUUGUUGUUCCUCAUUCUAUCAUCUGAUGAGUUUCUGAUGCUGAGGACUUAGUUUUGUAUCAUCUUUCUCCAGAACUAACUCCCCCCCCCCCCCCAAAUGUAUUGGUAGAUAAUUCUUGCCAACACUAAUCAAUUCUUGUGUUUUCCUUUUUUUAAGCUACUAUCAUUCAGUCAUUCAGUCAAUUUAAGUUAAAUACUAAUUAAGCGCAAUUCUAAAAUUUUUGUAUUAAGCCAGGUGACCAUUUUUAAUGUAUUGAUUAUACUUUAAGAAACCUUUUUUUUUUUUUUUUUUUUUUUUUUUUUUUUACAAUUUACUAUAGAAUCAAUUGUAAUUAUAUUGAUUGUCUGUCUUUGUUUGAGGACUAUCUUUCCUUCACUCAUUUUGAAACUUUUCUUAUAUGGUAACACUAAUCUGACAAAUACAUGGUGGUAUUUAUAAUGACUGAAUCGUAUUAUAGGAAUAUAAUCUACACGCUCAGUCUCUUCAUACAUAAUUCAGCUAUUUAUUUUUGUUUAAGAAACCAAAGUAAGUUUCUUGGGGUGGUACCAGAAAGUGCAAUUAAAUGUGGAAUCUGAGCCAAGUCCAGUUCCUCAGACACAAACACUUACAAUGUACAAUCCAUUGGGUGUUAGUUUAACUAGAGAACUGAAUGGGCAAGAUCUCUGGGGUGAUGAUCAUAAGGCCAUUCAUCAAAAUACACAAUGAAAAGGAGAUUGUAAAAUGUAUGUGCUACAAGUUAGUGUCCAAUGUUUCUCUGCUCUAGUGUCAGUUACUGGAAGUAUCCAGAUUGAAAUCACAUGAGUGUACAAGUCUUUCAGAACCUAAGAACCACACUACAGGCACCAGAGUAUUAUACUCAGAUCAGUAGAUGUUUGCUGGACAGCAUUGCUGGUUCAUUUGUACAUGGGUUUGAGGGGAGCUUGGCUUGAUUCAUUUGCACACGUGCAAAAUACAACUUUGCUUCUUUUUAUUCAUAUAUUAUUUCCCUUUAUUUGAAAUGUUAAGUACAAAUGGAGAAAAUGUAGAACUUGUCACUUUUUUUCUUUUGUUUUGCAAAAGUGAAGUUGUCUAGUAGUAGUUUUGUGUGUGUGUGUGUGUGUACAUGAUAUAUGCCCUAAUCCUACCAGUGUACUACCAUGCCAUGUUAGUUCUGAACGGGUCCCAUGUUGUCCACCCAUGUGUUGUAUCACGAGCUCAGAAGGUUGGAGCUCUCCUUUCUUUCUUCUCUCACAACUUUGCCUCCUUUUUGUUUGGACAAGUGCAAUCUUGCAGUGCUUGGCUUCAACUUGUAUAUGCAUGGCCUCACCUGCUUCCAUUCAUACACAGUCUGUAGUUGUGAAUUGACUCCAUCAACUUUGACAUCCUAAUUCAGAUCCAUGUAUAUGUGGUGGAUUCAUUGACUUCCCACAGCCUUGACAUCAUGAUGCUGUCAUGAUGUUUGUAUAAAUAAUGUAUUUAAUGUACAUAGUGAGAAAUAUGUUGAAUAAACUUAAUGCUAACCACAUCA